GAUGGGGGUGGGCCCACGCACUACGCGGCGCCGGGCCCAUCCGCCCCCACCCCCCCUAUAUACAAACCAGCCGCUGGCCCUCCCGUUGAGCGCAGAAGCGAGAGCAGGAGCAGCGCCACUCCGCACCGGACACCGACCCCGCCGAUCCCGCCGCCACCGCCGCCCGCGCCCGAUCUCCUCGCCGCAGCCUCUCGUUUCUCCUUUCACAAUCAAGAUGAGUCGUGGUGGUAGUGCUGGUGGUGGUCAAAGUCAGCUGGGUUACCUCUUUGGAAGCGGUGAGGCCCCUAAGCCAGCAGUGGCACCAGCUGCACCAGCCGCGAGUGCUCCUCCUGCUGAGAAACCAGCUCCUGCAAAGCCUGACGUGACUAAGCAGAUCCCUGCAGGGGUUGCCAGCCAAACCAAUAACUAUCACCGGGCUGAUGGGCAGAACACCGGCAACUUCCUUACGGACCGUCCUUCCACCAAGGUCCACGCUGCUCCCGGCGGUGGCUCUUCCCUGGACUACCUGUUCGGUGGGAAGUGAUGCUGAUGGUGGUGGCGCUCACCAAGUUAUCCUCCCACCCCAUCAUUAUCUGAACCAAGUUAUCCCCCCGCCCGCCGCAUUAUCUGAACCGUGAACAACCGUUGUUGUUGUCGUUCCAUGUGUGUACCCCCGUGCUGUGUGCGUACGAAUGAUUUCUCUGUGACAAACCUCUGUCCAGCAUGGGGACGUAAGCUGUUGCUAAAUUUCAGGGCAAAUCGUGUGCCCGAACCUUCGCCAUAAGUCUAUCCUUGCUUGCACCCGGUGUCUU